AUGUUUCUGAAGGAAAAGUUGUUUCUUUCCGAAGCUUUUGUUGCAUUGGUGGUGGGUAUUAUCUCGGGACCUUUGGUGACAAAUGCUAUCAAUCCUUAUACUUGGCAAGAAAAUGACGAAAUCACGAAACAGCUUACCAGGUGCAUCAUUGCUAUUCAGGUAAUGGCUGUUGGUAUAGAGUUGCCCAAACACUAUCUCAAGAAAGAAUGGUUGACCAUGCUGAUGCUCUUGUUUCCAGUCAUGAUGUUUAUGUGGCUCCUGGAGGCCCUUGUUAUAUCCGCAUGUAUUUGUCCUACAGAUCCUAUUUUGGCAAACUCUGUGAUUAAAGGUAGAUUUGCUGAAAAACAUGUCCCUUUUCAUAUCCGAAAUGCACUCUCAGCUGAAAGUGGCGCUAAUGAUGGUAUGGGAUUUCCUUUUUUAUUUUUGGCUAUUUUCCUUUUGGGAGAAGAUACUGUGGGUGUGGCUGUUGGAAAAUGGAUCUAUGUUACCUGUCUCUUUCAAAUUGCUCUCUCUUGUGUUAUUGGCAUUAUCGUUGGUUAUAUUGCUCGUAAAAUCUUACAAUGUUCGGAAAAGCAUCAUCUUAUAGAUAAACCGUCUUUCUUGUCAUUUGCAAUUGCUCUAGCUCUAUUCUUGAUGAGCAUGACUGGCUUUUCUGGUAGUGAUGAUGUACUAGCUUGUUUUGUGGCUGGAAAUGCAUUCUCUUGGGAUGCAUGGUUUAGGAAGGAGACCGAAGAGGCUCAUUUUCAAGAUGUUAUUGACAUGAUGCUAAAUUUGGCUAUUUUUGUUUACAUUGGUGCUAUCAUUCCCUGGAAUGACUUUGGAAAUGUAUCUCUCGGAUUAGCGCCUUGGCGAUUGGUGGUACUUGCUAUCUUGGUUCUUUUGUUUCGAAGGUUACCUAUUGUACUUUUACUCAAACCUGUGAUGCCAGCAAUGAAAACAUAUAGGGAAGCCUUGUUUAGUGGAUGGUUUGGUCCUAUGGGUGUAGGUGCUGUAUUUUUAUCCAAAAUUGCAAAAGAACAACUGACAAAAGUGUAUGGUGAAGAACCUAUCUCAGUGCAAGUCAUCAAUCCGGUAGUUCUUUUUAUUGUCUUGUCUUCUGUCCUUGUCCACGGUACAACUAUUCCAUUAUUCAAACUAGGGAAGAGGAUUAGAUCACGUACAUUAUCUAUUACA